AUGGACAGCGUGCAGACGCCCCAGGGCUCGGUGGCAAUCAGCGGCAGCUCGGCCCGCCGCGGGCCCAACAACACGCUGCGCCUGAAAAAGGCGCCCAACCCGAAGAAGGAGCAGCAAGUGCUCUUCUGCCUGGCCGCCUGGUCGGUGGACGAGAAGCCGCCGGUCGAGACGUUCGCCAAGUUUCGGCAAGCGAUCUGGGCCGGGGUGAGUGGCAAGAAGCCGAUCGUCGUCACCUGCAAGUUUGGCACCUACCGCACGGGCCUCUUCCUCAUCUACGACAUCGAGACCGAGCGUAUCGAGAAGCAGAAGAAGCUCGACCUCGACGGCACCGUCAAAGAUCUGCGCAUGCAGCGCCACCACGUGUUCGACGAGUACUCGGCCUACGAGGUGGCCAUCGACAUGUUCCUCGACGAAGCCGGCACCUUCAAGAAAGAGCGGGUGAUCGUUGGUCGUCAGGGUGUCGAGGUCAAGCUACAGGGACUCGAUGGUACCUAUCUGAACUUUUGCGCCAACAACUACCUGGGCCUGAGCAGCCAUCCGGAUGUGAUCAAAGCCGGCCAAGAAGCGCUGAAAACGCACGGCGCCGGCUUGUCCAGCGUGCGCUUCAUCUGCGGCACUCAGGAUAUCCACAAGCAGCUGGAAUCGAAAAUCGCCCAGUUCCACGGCACGGAAGAUGCCAUCCUCUACGCCGCGUGCUUUGAUGCCAACGCCGGGGUUUUUGAAGUCCUGACCGGGCCCGAAGAUGCCAUCAUCUCCGACACGCUCAACCACGCCUCGAUCAUCGACGGCAUCCGCCUGUCGAAGGCAAAACGGCUUCGAUAUGAGCAUCUCUCGAUGGGAGACCUCGAGCAAAAGCUCAAGGAGACGAAAGAUUCCCGUCAUCGAGUCAUUGUGACGGAUGGCGUCUUCUCGAUGGAUGGCGACGUCGCCCCGCUCAAAGCCAUUUGCGAGCUGGCCGACAAAUACGAAGCCUUGGUCUUCGUCGAUGAAUGCCACGCCACCGGCUUCUUCGGCCCAACCGGCAGGGGAACACAGGAGGCCUUGGGCCUUGGCCACCGCGUCGACAUCAUCAAUUCGACCCUGGGCAAGGCGCUCGGUGGCUCGAUGGGUGGAUACACGACGGGCCCGAAACCCCUGAUCGACCUGCUGCGCCAGCGUUCCCGCCCUUACCUCUUCUCGAAUUCGUUGGCGCCCAGCAUCGUCGGCUCGUCGAUCAAGGUGUUCGACAUGCUGAUGAAUGAUAGCUCGUAUGCCGCCUCGCUGCAAGCUAACGUAACCCGCUUCCGGACCGGCAUGAAGCAGCUCGGCUUCAAGGUGCUCGGAAAUGACGCCCAUCCCAUUGCUCCGGUGCUUCUUGGUGAUGCCCGGAUCGCAUCCACGAUGGCCGAUGAGAUGCUCAAGGAGGGAAUCUAUGUGAUCGGUUUCUCAUACCCAGUUGUCCCCAAAGGUCAAGCGCGGAUUAGGGUGCAGCUUUCCGCGGCUCAUACGGACAAACAAGUGGAUCAUGCGGUUGGCGCCUUCGAGAAGAUUGGGAAGAAGCUGAACGUUAUU